GGUCGAAAAACAUUUGGAGGUCUUGUUUAGAAUGACGCAUGCCAGUACGUUCAAUGCUGCUAUCCAAGCACUCUCCCUUAUCUUCACCAUCUCGCUCUCCAAGCAAGCCGUGUCUGACAGAUUCUACCGUACAUUAUAUGAAUCAUUGUUGGAUCCUCGAAUCAGCCAUUCAUCCAAACAAUCCAUGUAUCUGAAUCUGCUGUUCAAGGCUAUCCGUGCUGAUACAGACACCCGUCGCGUGAAAGCCUAUGUUAAGCGUAUGGUGCAAAUCGCUGCUCGUAACCAGCCAGCAUUUGUCUCGGGUAUCUUUUUCCUUUUGAGUCAGCUGAUGGAUGCUCAACCCGGUUUGAGAGCCAUGCUGACGACGCCUGAAGAGGACGACGAUGAAGAGUAUUUUGUUGAUGCACCCGAGGAAGACGACGAUGACGAAAAGAAGAAAAAGAUUGCCCAAGAAAAAGCCAAGCGCAGCCAUGCAAAAUCAGAAUAUGAUGGCAGAAAGCGUGAUCCUAGAUUUAGUAACGCCGAGAAGAGUUGUUUGUGGGAACUGAUUCCAUUCAGAAAUCACUAUCAUCCCUCCGUCGCCAAAUACACAGAGCAAUUGUUCGCUGGCGAGCUCAUUACAAAUCAGCCCGAUUUACACCAAUUUACAUUGAUGCACUUUUUAGACAGAUUCGUCUAUCGCAAUGCCAAGAAGACCACCACCACCAAGGGCCAAUCUAUCAUGCAGCCCUUGUCAGGCAGCAGGCGCGAUGGCGGCAUCAUGUUCACCAAGGGCUCUGGCAUCAAGAGCGAUGCUAUUCCUCUCAAUUCUGAGCAGUUUUUGCAAAAGAAAGAAGACGAUGUCGAGGCAGACGAAGUCUUUUUCCACAAGUAUUUCAACCAAAAAGCAGUAAACACCACCACCAGUAAAAAGACAAAGAAGGACAAGGCAAAUGCUGAUGAUGAGGAUGGAGACGAGGAUGAAGUAUGGCGUGCCAUGAUGUCAUCUAUACCCGGUGGAUUAGACAACGAGGACGACGAUGACAACGGUUUGGACGAUUCAGACGAUGACGAGGAAAUGAGAGCUCUCUUGAUGUCUGACGAUGAUGAAGCACAAGACAUUGAGCAAGAUGGAGAUAUGGCUGAAUUUGAAUCAGAUCAAGGCGAGCCUAUGGACAACGAAGAUGAAGAGGAUAUUGAACUUGAAUUGAUGAAUGCGUCUAGUAUGGAUGAAGCAGAAGCCGACGAUGACCAAGAUGAGCAGCCAAUGCAGACCAAUAAGCGAUCAGCAUUUGACGAGCCAAGUGGAUCCAAGAAGAAGAAGCAAAAGAAGGAUGUUCUUCCUACAUUUGCAUCUUAUGAGGAUUAUGCCAAGCUGAUCGAACAGGAUUUGAGCGAUUAA